UAUUCCAGCAGUAAAGUUAGAUGGUUGUGGUAAUAGUAAGGGUUGCUACAGGGUGCCAGCAGGCUGUGUUCAAGGGCAGUGUAUAUAUGCGUUAUCAUGGCAGAAAGAUGGAGAAGACAAAAUCAAGUUUGAAAUGAUUGGUAAAAUGGAGGGAGAUCAGAAAUACGUGGCUGUUGGGUUUUCCAAUGAUAAACAGAUGGGUGAUGACAGUGUAAUAGCAUGUAUAUAUGAUGAAGACAAAGGAACAACAGCAGUUCAUCAGUAUUACAACUCUGAGGAUCCACUUACCUCUGGACAGAUUGGAAGCAGCGGCUUGGUAAAAGAGGGCGCCACAUAUGCCAACAGCACCAUCUGGUGUCGGUUCACCCGUACAAUCACCAGCUCUGACGCUAAAAUGAUGAAACCAUUAAAUAACGAAUAUCAUAUAUUGUUUGCCAAAGGACCAGUUGCUUCUGGUGCUGUGGGAAAGCAUGGAUUUGACUACUAUGGUGGUCCAGCCGUGUCACCACAGAGAACCAACUUGAUCAAAACUGACAACAUUGGAGGCCGUGCCAGCUACCCUCUGGUGAAAGCUCAUGGUAUCUUGAUGAUCCUGGCCUGGGUGUUGACCUCCAGUAUUGCCAUCAUAUUGUUGACCUUCUGUUGUUUUAUUUCAGGUAUCUUGAUGAUCCUGGCCUGGGUGUUGACCUCCAGUAUUGCUAUCAUAUUUGCCAGAUAUUUCAAGCCAAUGUGGCCCAAUGACAGGCUCUGUGGAGAGAGGGUCUGGUUUGCUAACCACCGUACCUUGCAGAUCAACACGCUGAUCCUGACCAUCAUUGCUUUUAUACUCAUCUUCAUUGAAGUGAUGGGAUACAGCAACAUGGACUCUCCAGGCUUUGCUGUGGCUCACCCUAUCAUUGGUAUCAUAGUGACCAUACUGUGUGUACUGAAUCCAAUCAUGGCUCUGUUCCGUUGCCACCCCGAGGAUGAUUAUCGGCCCAUCUUUAACUGGUUCCACUGGAUUGUUGGAACUGUGGCACACAUAUUGGCAACCAUCAACAUCUUCUUUGGAAUGAACCUGGCCAAGUCUGGUGUACCCUGGUGGGUGACCUGGGUCAUGUUGAUCUGGGUCCUGAUCCAAUUUAUCACUGAGAUUACCCUGGAGAUCCAUCAGUGCUGUGUACACAAGAGAAACAAAGACAAGCGUGAACAAUGGGAGAUGCAGAAACGCACUGACCCCCGCGCAGAGAAGGUACCGGAACCUGAACCCUCUGGCCGUCGUUUCAAGUCCACUAUGUUGGCCAUUUACAUCACCUUGACGGUCAUCCUGGUCAUCAUCAUGGUCAUUGCCAUCGCAGUGUCCUAAACUGACCAGAGGUCAACGUCACCAUACUAUGACAUGGAGCUGGGCUGGGGAAAUGAUUGUAGCAAGGAAAAUCUCAAGUUUUACAAGUGCCUCUGAUGUGAUAUUUGACUAACUAACCAUAGAGAUGAGCCAAGUUUUUAACAUCAUCUAGGUCCAUGUUGUGGAUCACACAUUGAGAUAAAAUAUUGUAGUAGAUAAAGGACCACAAAGUGUUUGAAUCCAAUUUUUUUACCUUAUUUUAGAAAGGAGCGUGUUUGAUGAAUAACAAGCUAUUUUCAUAAACCUUCUAUUUGGAUCAUUUAUUAAGACCUGCCUGAAUGUGUUCAGAAACCUUUGGUACAUGAGAUCAUACUGAGCCACAUCAGCAGGCAUUUCUUUUGUGAAUUACUUCUAGACUUAGGCACCAUUGAUCAUGUUAGAAAACGAUUUGCCCAAAUGAUGUGAUUGGUCUGAAAGGAGCAAAGAUUUGCUAAUGGAUGAUCAGUAACUUUCAUAUUAAGUUGAAAAGUGAAAGGUAACCACUAGGUUCAGGGUAACACACAUGACUUUGCAAUAUAUUUAUAUACCUUUUUGAUACACAUCUUUUUAGUAAUGCACUAUAUUUGUAUCUAUUAUAUUUACUAUGUGGGGAGAUUAAAGGUUCAGGUUGAUAUUGAUUUACCCCUGGCUAUGUUUUGAGAAUAAUCUGUCAGUUGAAAAAAACCUUGAUUUUUUUUUUCUUUGAUCAUGCCAAACCAAAGGGCUUGCAAUGACUACCUAUCUGUGAAAUAUUCUAAUAUGUUUGAUUUGCUACAUGUAAGUAUAUUUAUUGGGUCAACAUUUAUUCAAUAUUGUGAAAUCACAUCAUACUUAUAAGUAAUCUAUAUAAGUUGACAAUUUUAGCAAUAAUACAUCAUAUAGUGUUACAUUUCCUACCACAGGACUUUUUACUGAUAAUAUCAAAAGUGAGAAUUGACUGUUUGAAGAAAGAUCUGGAGCUGUUAAAUUGCAGAAAUUGAAGUGUUUUACAACUUAUAAUGGUUGUCACAAUGUGGGAAUGUUGGCAUUUGUAUAUUCAUAUUUUUUUGCUUUUGAUUCCUGACUGUAUUUAUUAACUUUUAUACAUCUGUCUAUAAAACACUGCUGAAACAAAGUUCUUAAAAUAUUUUAUAGUCUUAUAGUUUACAGUAUAUCAAUAAAGAUGUUUCACCAC